UUAAUUAUCAAUAACACAUUCGUUGGGAUCUUCUUAUCCGCCAGAACCAUUGGGUUUGAUUGUUAGUUUCCAAACUGAGGCAGGGUUUCAGCGUUCCCUCCUUCUCCACGAGAAUUAGCUGAGGCGUGAAUUGAAGAAGAACACUGUAGAACGGAGCAUACAAGAAGGGACAGAACUAUUCAUUUUUUUAUACCCCUUCUAGUCAAACUCGAACGAUUCACGGAAUCCGAACGGCAUAGCAAGCUAGAUAGUCUACAUUUUACUUCACUCGUUCAUCUGAAAAUUUCUUUUAAACAUGGGAAAGCAUCCUCUUUCGUUCAAGUUCAAUAUGAUUCUGCUAUUGUCGUGCUUGGCCAACUUGAGUAUCGCUUUCGCUCACUUUAAUGGCUUCGGUGAGCAGCCUCUCUCCAAGAUUGCCAUUCACAAGACUGUUGUUUCUCUUCACAAUAGUGCCUCUCUUAGAGCUUUUCCCUCGAUUCUCGGCAUAAAGGGUGAGGAUACCGAGUGGGUGACUGUAGAUCUUGAUUAUUCUAAUCCAUCACCAGAUGACUGGGUGGGAGUUUUUUCUCCAGCAAAGUUCAACUCAUCAACCUGUCCACCGAUCAAUGAUCCCAAAGAACAGACUCCAUACAUAUGCUCUGCACCAAUAAAGUACAAGUUCGCAAAUGAGACCGACACCAACUAUUCAAAGACCGGAAAAUCUUCCUUGAAAUUCCAAUUGAUCAAUCAACGUGCGGAUUUCUCAUUCGUCCUAUUUUCAGGGGGACUAUCAAAUCCCAAACUUGUUGCCAUUUCCAAUUUCAUAUCAUUCGCCAAUCCUAAAGCACCUUUAUAUCCCCGCCUCGCUCAAGGAAAGUCUUGGGAUGAAAUGACCAUUACCUGGACAAGUGGUUAUGACAUAAGUGAAGCUGUACCUUUUGUUCAAUGGGGUCUUAAGGGAAAACAGUUAUCAAAAUCUCCUGCUGGAACAUUGACAUUUGGUCGUAACAGCAUGUGCGGUUCACCAGCACGAACUGUUGGCUGGCGUGACCCUGGUUUCAUACACACAAGUUUUCUUAAAAAUCUUUGGCCAAAUUCUUGGUACGCAUACCGUUUGGGACAUCUUUUGUCUAAUGGAAAAUACGUUUGGAGCAAGAGCUAUUCAUUCAAGUCAUCUCCUUAUCCUGGACAGAACUCUCUGCAACGUGUUAUCAUAUUUGGUGACAUGGGGAAGGCAGAGCGUGAUGGUUCGAAUGAGUAUAGCAACUAUCAGCCAGGUUCGCUCAACACGACUGACCAGCUUAUCAAGGAUUUAGACAAUAUUGAUAUCGUUUUCCACAUAGGAGAUAUAACAUACGCAAAUGGAUACAUCUCGCAGUGGGACCAAUUCACAGCUCAAGUGGAACCUAUUGCAUCAAAAGUGCCAUAUAUGAUAGCAAGUGGCAAUCACGAACGCGAUUGGCCCAACUCAGGAUCUUUCUAUGACACCAUGGAUUCUGGUGGGGAAUGUGGAGUUUUGGCUGAAACCAUGUUCUUUGUUCCUACAGAAAACAGAGCAAAAUUUUGGUAUGCUACAGAUUAUGGCAUGUUUCGCUUCUGCAUAGCUGACACUGAACAUGACUGGAGAGAAGGAUCAGAGCAGUACAAAUUCAUUGAGCAUUGCCUUGCAACAGCAGACAGGCAAAAACAGCCCUGGUUGAUCUUUGCUGCGCAUCGAGUGCUUGGCUAUUCGUCUGAUUAUUAUUAUGCCUUAGAGGGCUCAUUUGAAGAGCCCAUGGGAAGGGAAAGUUUGCAGAAGCUUUGGCAGAAAUACAAAGUAGAUAUUGCAUUUUAUGGUCAUGUCCAUAACUACGAAAGAACGUGCCCCAUUUAUCAGAAUCAAUGUAUGAAUACAGAAAGGUCACAUUAUUCUGGCAUUGUGAAUGGAACUAUUCAUGUUGUUGUUGGAGGAGGAGGAAGCCACUUAUCUAAAUUCAGCCAAGUAACCCCAAGUUGGAGCCUCUACAAAGACUUUGACUUUGGGUUUGUGAAACUGACGGCAUUCAAUCACUCUUCACUCCUCUAUGAGUAUAAGAAAAGCAAUGAUGGAAAAGUCUACGAUUCUUUCACCAUUUCUAGGGAUUACAGAGAUGUCUUAGCAUGCGUGCAUGAUAGCUGUGAACCUUCCACCUUAGCUACUUAAUUUGUCUUCUUACAUAUUCAUGCUCUCAUGGCUUAAAUAUUUUUAAAAAUAUUUUUCAAGUAUUAUAUUUUGGUGUGAAGUAAAUGAAGUUUAUCAUUUCCUCUUUUACGUAA